AUGCGAGAUUGGCCGAAAAAUGAUGUCAUUAUUGAUACUAAUAAAGGCUAUGCUCUUCGACGUUUGGGCGCAUAUUCACCAAACGUUAUAGAAGAAAUCGUGCACACAUUCGUACCUCUUUCUAAUUUUUGUGUCGCAUCACCACAAACAGAUAUUUGUGUGUAUGCUUCGGUACCAGUACGUACGGACAUAGCACAACUCGCCAUUAUGAUGACACCUCGUCAUACCGUUCGCACACCAUCAUCAUACGAUCGUGAUAGUGUAUCGAGAUUGAUUAUGAAAGAUAUAAGUCGAGUUCUCGCACAGCAUCACCCAGAUGAAGUUAUUAAAAACGCUAAAUCAAUCGUUCAUUUCGUUGGCAAUCAAUUUUAUCAUCAAAAGAGUGACGCAAGUGCAUUGAUGACAACAUCUCCUACGAAUACAAUUGAUGAUUACUCUGGUAUUUCCCGUAUUCGUUCAACUUCAAUGGAAAUGAUUCUUAAACAGAUAAGUAGCAAUAGAAUAGGUUUUGAAUUUUUAUCUUACACUGAUUUAAAAUUGCUUUUAGCGGCAAUAUUUUCUACUAUCGAUGCUUCGUAUACUAUUUUUAAUGUUCAAGAAUCGCUUGAUACUUUCUCUCAGUUUAUUUUAGGACAAUCUGUGUUUGCUUUGCGUUAUUGUUCAUUAGGUCAAAGAAAUUCAUUACCUGCUCAACCUUGUUUGGCCAUCUCGACAUUAUUCUUACGAAUUCCACCCGACACUACAUCAGCAUUCUCAAUCUAUCGUCUGAUGCCUUUACCAAUUAUACACAAUGGUGAUAUGUACAUCUACUCAAACCUUCCAAAAAUAAUUGGAAUAAAUUCCAUCGAUCAAACAUUUCUUAGUUGGAAGGAAGAAAUUGAUAUUAAAGAAUGCACAUUCUCACCUCUUGUUCAAUGCCGAAAAAUACCUGUCACUACUUCAUUAUCAAAAUCAUCUUGUUUAACUCAACUACUCAAUGAAGAUCAAUCAGCUACAAAUAUGUGUCAAGUUACACGUUCAACAAAUAUAGAACAAGAUAUAAUGCAAAUUGAUGAUGGCAUUUGGUUCUUCUACAAUAUUCGUCAGGCACACCACUGUCAAGUUUAUUCAACUUCAAACGAUCUUAUAGAAUCAAUAUCAAUCACUGAACCGACCAUUGUAAGUAUACCAUGUAACAAGACAGUUACAUGCAUGGAUUCCCAAUUACCUAUUUCACCAUGUACACAACGUCGACAACGCGUUCAUCAAUGUGGUUCACGAGAAAAGUGA